AUGGACUUUAAGCGCUCGCAUCCGAUCAUCUCUCUGUGUCUGAUCUUCGGCGGCGGUUCAGUGAUUGUCUACCUGUUCUCCUCAGUGUUGGUCUUCUUGAUCGGCAUUCUUCUGCCCCUAUUCUUAGUGCUACUUCACGCCAGCCUUCGCACCAGGAAUCUCAAGAACAAGAUCACCAACACUAUGGAAACGGUGGGCAUCACGAAGACACCGAUGGGCCUACUCUUGGACUCGUUCGGCUCCGACCCCGAGACACACUUUUACUAA